AUGAGUGAACCCGCUUGGAAGCGGAUUGGGCUCAAAGUUACCCAAGAAAGCGAUCCCCUCGCUUUAACGACCCAUCUUGAAAGUGCAAACGCCACAAAAAAUGAAAAGAAGGCCAUCACCAAACAGAUCAAGCGUAAAGCUCCCGAAGGGACGAAGAAACCCCCCAAGCGGGUUAAGCUCCCGAAACUGGAGCGUAAGCGACCUGAACCCGAUCAGUUGGCAUAUCUCCGUCAAUUCAAAGAAGACAAGCUGCUGUGGAAAUUUUCCAAGCAAAAGCAAAACUGGAUCUUGAAGAAUUUGGAGACCAUCCCCGCCACUUACGAUGAGGCGUUAUAUGAAUAUUUGGAGGGUAUCCAGGGACAGCUGCGAGACCGAUUAGUCGAACAAUUGAAAGAAGUGACCACUCAGUGGAAUGCUAUUGCCGAAGAGACUCAACGGAAAGUCGAAGCGGAACUUAAUGGUGAAGGUGAAACUGCGACGAAACCCAAUGAAGAAGAUCAGCAGAAACCGAAGUCUAUUCUUAAGAAAACGAAUGACAAGCAGGAACAAGAAACGCCUAAGGGACCGAAAUUUGAUUGGGCAGUUAAGUGCCAAAAGCUCGUCGAAUUAUUAGACGGGGAGAAGAUCACUUUGAUUGGAAUAGAUGAUAAACCUGAAUCUGCCGAAACCAUCGAGGAAACGCCUUCCAAAGAAGAGCUGUCGGUUGAGGAACCUAAAGUGAGUGAGAAACUUGACGAAGCGAAACAAAGUGAUGAGCCCAAACUUUCCUUCAAGCUUAAUAAAUCGAAGCCUAAGAAAACAGUUAAGUUGAAAAUUGAUGAGGUCAACGUCGAUGCUAUCACUGAGGGUGAGCCUACAAUCACGAAGGAUGUGGUCAAGCCUACCUCGAGCAGAGACGAUGCCGAUGCCGACGGAGUUAACGACCUCCAAGGUGAAGAGAAGACUUUGAAAAAGGAAAAGAAGUCGAAGAAAGAUAAGAAGGAUAAGAAGGACAAGAAGGAGAAGAAGAGUAAAAAGAAGAGUAAAGACUCCCUGGAUUAG